AUGGGUUUCCACAAAACAUCCAUGGACAUCCAGCUCAAGAAUGGCCAUAUCCUCACUGCUUAUUGUCGUCGUCCAUCUGGGGACGCGACAUAUUCCGAGCUGAACCUGGAUGGUAUCUUGGGUGCAAAAAAAGGUCAAUUCGCAUGGAGCGUUGAAGGUUUCUCCGAUCAUGCGUCUGACGUUAUUCUCGAGCUGGAGGGUCCAACCCAUGAGCCCAUGCUCCAUGCUUCGCUGGACGAUGAGGGAGGUAUACAGCAUGUAGAUGUUGUGAACCUGGCAGACUGUAUCAAGAAUGAGAAUGGACAUCUCCGCUACAUGGGUUGUUUCUAG